AAUGAUUGGUGCACACCAAGACAUCACCAAGCCGAAGAACAAGAAGUCGCCUUCAUAAGCUGCUGUUGUAACUCUCAGAAGACCCUAUUGUCCUCCUCCCUAGUGCAUAUGGCCAAUGAGACCACCAGCAGCUGAUUGGUUGUCAAAAACAAUAUCCCUCUCAGCCACAGGGGAGGAAGAGGAAGACCUUUCGAUCACUCAGGAGGGCGAGCAUCUGCUCGACCCAGAGGAGGCUGAUCUCACCAGGUUGGCACUGACUGGUGUCUCUGCGGUGACCGAAGUCCCUGGAGACAAACCAACUGAGUCCUCACAGCUUCAUUAUAGGCCAAUUGAGGAGAUGAGAGAUAAGGAGCCACAAUCUCGCUAUGUUAAAGAAGAAGAGGAGGAUCCACAGCCCACCAACAUUAAAGAGGAAACGGCAGAGCCACAGCCCCUCUAUGUUAAAGAGGAAGAUGAGGAGCCACAGCCCACCUACGUUAAAGAGGAAGAGGCGGAGCCACAGACCCACUAUUUUAAAGAGGAAGAGGCGGAGCCACAGCACACCUAUGUUCAAGAGGAAGAUGAGGAGCCACAGCCCACCCACAUUAAAGAGGAAGAGGCGGAGCCACAGACCCACUAUUUUAAAGAGGAAGAUGAGGAGCCACAACUCACCUACAUUAAAGAGGAAAAGGCGGAGUCACAGUCCCCCUAUGUUAAAGAGGAAGAAGAAGAACUCUUGAUCACUCUUGGUCACCCAGAGGAGGCUGAUGCCACCAGGUUGCCACUGACGGGUGUCUCUGCGAUGACCGAAGACCAUGAAGACAAACCGCCUGAUUCCUCACAGCUUCAUCAUCGUCCAAGUGAGGAGAUGAGAGAGGCGGUGCCUUCAUGCAGCAGCUCACUGCAACACAUGACAACAGAAGCUGAUGGAGACCACUGUGGAGGAUCACAAGCAGACAACCUCUUAGCUCCACUGUCAGAUAGUGACGACACAACGUCACACUCUCCUGAAGAUGAAGACAGCGAUUACAACCAAGAAUCUCUGAGCAGCGAUAUAGACUUUGAAGGUGAUACGAUGACUCACACUGGCAACAAACACUCUGAAAGCUCUAAAAAGAAGACAGGUAAACGUUUUAACUGCUCAGUUUAUGAUAAAAAAAUGUCUUAUAAGAGUCAUCUGGCUCAACACAUGAGAACGCACACAGGAGAAAAACCUUUUCGUUGCUCAGACUGUGGGAAACACUUCACUUUAAAGUCAAACAUGAGAAGACACAUGAGAUCGCACACAGGAGAAAAACCUUUUAGCUGUGCAGACUGUGGUAAACGCUUCACUUUAAAGUCAAAUAUGCAAGUACACAUGAGAACACACACAGGAGAAAAACCUUUUAGUUGCUCAGACUGUGGUAAACGCUUCACUUUAAAGACAACCAUGAAAAGACACAUGAGAACACACACAGGAGAAAAACCUUUUAGUUGCGUAGACUGUGGUAAACGCUUCACUUUAAAGACAAACAUGGAAGUACACAUAAGAACGCACACAGGAGAAAAACCUUUUAGUUGCUCAGACUGUGGUAAACGCUUCACUUUAAAGACCAACAUGCAAUUACACAUGAGAACGCACACAGGAGACAAACCUUUUAGUUGCUCAGACUGCGGUAAAUGCUACACUCUAAAGACAACUAUGCAAAGACACAUGAGAACACACACAAGACAAAAACCUUUUAGUUGCUCAGACUGUGGUAAAAGCUACACUUUAAAGGCAACCAUGCAAAGACACAUGAAAACACACACAGGAAAAAAACCUUUUAAUUGCUCAGACUGUGGUAAACCAUUCUCUAACAAGACUAACAUGCAAAGGCAUGAGAACACACACCGGAGAAAAUCUUUUUAGUUGCUCAGAUUUUGGUGACACAUUUUUUUGGAAGUCCUCUUUGAAAAGACACAUACAGAGUCACUGAUGCUCUACUGUUUGACACCCUUGACUUCCAUGCAGCCACUGUGUUGCCAAUGUGUUGGAAUAUUCUUUGCUGUGUCUUUGUUCAAUAAACACA